AUGGAACAUAAUUACCCAAGUAUUACACUACAUACAGAUGUAGGUGAUAUCAAAAUCGAAGUAUUCUGUGAAUUGGUGCCUCAAACUGCAUAUAACUUUUUGGCACUUUGUGCAAGUGGAUACUAUAAUAAUUGUUUAAUUCAUAGAAAUAUUAAAGGGUUUAUUGUUCAGAUGGGAGACCCUACAGGAACAGGAAAAAAUGGGAUGUCUAUCUAUGGAAAACAUUUUCCGGAUGAAUUUGAUUCAUCCUUAAAACAUAAUAGUAGAGGCAUAGUAUCAAUGGCAAAUUCUGGUCCAAAUACAAAUGGAAGCCAAUUUUUCAUAACAUAUUUUAAACAUCAACAUCUGGAUGGAAAAUAUACAGUAUUCGGCAGAGUAAUUGACGGUGCGAAUACUACACUUGAUAUGUUAGAGAAAUUAGAGGUUGAUUCGAAAUACAGACCUUUAAAAGAAACACGGAUAAAAAGUGUUACGAUUCAUGCAAACCCACUUGCUAAAGAAAAAGACUAA